AUGGGUGGUUGCUCUGCCAUAAAUUGCAGUCAUCACUCAUCAAAAGGACAUCGUAUGUAUGUAUUUCCUGCCGAUGAGACGCGGCGAAAACUAUGGCUCAUUAAUUGCAGAAGAGCAAAUUGGGUUCCUGGUAGAGGUGCUGCUUUAUGUGAGGCACAUUUUGAAGAAAGUGAGUUUGAGCUAUACAGAGCAGAUGGUCGAGUAAAACUUAAACCAAAUGCAGUGCCAACUCUGUUUAAUGUCCCACGACCUCCUAAAAAACACAACCCAUCAGCAAGAAAAUCAUUAUAUAAGGAAAAAAUGAAGAGCGUUUCUUCAGAAACUAUUCCUGGUAAAAAUCUUCAACAUGAAGAUUCAGCCAAUCAGUCUUAUGAAAACCAAUUUAAUCCUGCA